AACUGUCUUUCUCAAAAUGUUCAUGUGAGUUUAUAUUUGUACUGUGCCUUCUAAAAGCAGCGAGGUCGAGACAGAAAGCUCGCCACAGCACUGCCAUUACAUGUUCUCCCAGUGACAGGCUACAGAGGACGCAGUCUUGGUGACAUUUACGGGCUCUUUCUGUGUACUUUACCGGGGACUGCUUUCUGCACGCCGGCAGACAUAACGUAGCACUUGAGAGGCUAUGCCAUGACGUCAGACCAGACUCGCGAGUUAUCUGGUUUGUGUUAACACCACAAUGAAACACACCCAAAAUUAUAUGGUAACAAUUUUGUUUUGUGUCUGUGAUAAUUAGUGGCAGAACGGCACACUCAAAAAAUUAUUUGCAAGAGGGGGGAAAAAAGAAAAGAAACGUUGGUGCUCCGGUUGCUCUGGCAACCACAUCAACAAGGUCUGUUGUCAUUAGCAACCAAAGUAGCGUUCGGACCAGAGACUGACCUGAGAGCUUUUGUUAGCUGUUUUGCUAGCUAGCAGGUAGUUAAAAACGCCGUAUAACGUUAACAUAAGUUGUCUCUAUUCUAUAAAGCCAAUUAUUAGAUACACAAUGAACUCAGACUCGUUAUACUAUUCCCUAGAACUCGUUGCUGGUAGCGGAUAUACCUUAAACAUUGAGCAAAGAGCCGCCCUGCAGACUUCCUUGGUGAUUCUGAGGAAAAACUACAAAUUCCAACGAGUCUUAUAUUGGGGCAAAAUACUGGGAUUAAAGGAGGAUUAUUUUAUUGCUCAAGGCAGAGGAGAGGAUGAGAUGAAUGAUAAAAAGAAUCUGUACAGCUUCAACUGCAUGGACUGGUUCCUGCUCCCCCCUGCCACAGACUCUAUGAUCGAUGAGGUGUCCAGAGCUGCCAAGGGUCGCUUCACAGGAGAUCCCUCAUAUGUGUAUGAGCAUCUUGAGAUCCGCAGGCAAGGAGAAGGAGAUGAGGCUGAGGAGGAGGAGGUAGUGACCAAAGUCAAUGAGGAGAGCAGGCUAGCGGUGACUGUGCAUCAGAUCGAUGAGGAAGUGUCUGUGGUCCCGCGUGGCGCCUUUAUCAAGAGUCCACAUGGCCUUGUCCAGGUCAACCGCAGCUUUGGCGGUCUGUCUCACUCAGAAGCAGGGAAGCUUGACAAUUUCCUUCACUUCAGCAAACCAAAGAAUCUGAAGAAGAAAUCCAUCCUGGAGAUGGGUGACUUGAAUCCAUCUAUUGACUUCCUGGAUGUACUGAGUGAUGACAUUCCAAAAGGAUCAUGGAGCCUCCAGUUUGAAUGUGCCAGCAGAGUGUGUGUGCUUCGCAGCCUGUUGUGGCUCGGCCUGACCUUCUACCACGUGCCAAUGACGCCACAGCACGGAUAUAUCUACAUUGGUGAUGGGACCAAGAAUUUGGACCUUCCCUUCAUGCUAUAAGGGGACUUCUUUCUGGCAACAAAGUUCUCAUAUUUCUCUGUUGUUCAUAUUGAUCUUCAAAAUCAAAAUGUAUUCUAUUCAAGAUACUGCAGGACUUUCUGUUUGCCUUAUCUUAGAACAAAUAAAGGGGUUCAGUCAUGCAGUUUGUGUCUACAAGCUUUUUGUUCCAUUUAGUUCUGAUGCAUAAAAGGUAUUCCUAUACAGUAAACAAAUGUUGAGAGGCAGAGUAAACAGACACAUUUUAUUUGCACAUCUGUGUUGCCUUGAGUCUACACAGUCAACAUACCACCUACUUUGAAAGUGUGAUACUGACCCAGUUGUUGUUCACAUGAAGUUGUCAGAGAGUUCACUUCAAGGGCUUUUUGAAAUCCCACAAACAAGAUAGAUAGUUCUGGGUGGGUCUGUGUGUGAUUCAUUAAAAGAGUGCCGCAGCUUAAUAAACAAAAGGUAGAAUAAA